AUGACAACUGCUGUUCGUAUACUCACAUAUGGUUGUGCAGCCGAUCACUAUGAUGAGUAUAUUAAAAUCGGUAAAAACACUACCAUUAAUUGCUUGAAGGCAUUUUGUAAUGCUAUUGUUGCUGUGUAUGCAGAGGAGUAUAUGCGCCCACCUAACGAAACCGACAUAGCACGGCUACUUGAAGAAGGGGAGCAGAGAGGAUUUCUGGGUAUGCUUGGUUCUAUCAACUAUUUGUGGAUCUGGCAUGCAUUAUUCGGAAUGCUGGGUUCACACAAUGAUAUAAAUAUGUUGAAUUAUUCCUCGGUAUUCAACGGUAUCGUCAAUGGCCAAUUACCUCUGACCAUCCCGCACCCAACCACUACAAAAGAAAAAUUAUUUGUUCAGCGACAAGUGGCAGCAAGGAAAAAUGUGGAACGGGCUUUUGGGGUAUUGCAGAUCAAGUGGGCAAUAACGCAAGGACCAGUGCAUUACUGGGAGAAAGAUGACUUGCGCUUCAUAAUGAAAACGUGCAUCAUCCUUCACAAUAUGAUCAUUGAAUAUGAGCGUCACGCAAAUGUUGGAAGAUGGACUCCGUCACCGGAGGAUGCAAUCCCUAUUCCCACUUUAAGUCGAUGCCCAUCGGUUUUAGCGGCAUACAUAUCCUCUCGCCAACUUCAGAUUCGUAACAGAGAGACAAAUACGCGGUUGAUGAAUAAUUUGAUGAAAAAUUUGUGGAACCGCUAUGCUGAUGAAGAUGCUUAA